CAUACAGAGCUCAAGAGAAAGAGAGCGUUCCGCAAGUUCUCUUACCGUGGUAUCGACCUGGACGAGCUUCUCGACCUCUCUUCUGAGCAGCUCCGCGAUGUCGUCCACGCUCGUGCCCGCAGACGAUUCAACCGCGGUCUCAAGCGCAAGCCCAUGGGUCUGAUCAAGAAGCUCCGCAAGGCCAAGCAGGAGGCCAAGCCCAAUGAGAAGCCAGACCUCGUCAAGACCCACCUCCGUGACAUGAUCAUUGUCCCAGAGAUGAUCGGCUCCGUCGUCGGUGUCUACUCUGGAAAGGAGUUCAACCAGGUCGAGAUCAAGCCCGAGAUGGUUGGUCACUACCUUGGUGAAUUCUCGAUCUCCUACAAGCCAGUCAAGCACGGUCGUCCAGGUAUCGGUGCCACCCACUCUUCGCGUUUCAUCCCGCUCAAGUAA